AUGUCCCCUUCACAGUCUCUCAAAACCAGCUCAGAGAAAGAGGGCGCGGAGGUGACCGUAUACGAGGUCUCUUUGGAUGCGGACGAGGCGCUUCUCAGGCAACUAGGCUACAAGCAAGAGUUACGUCGGACUUUCACACCUCUCGAGCUUUUCGGCGUUGGGUUUGGAAUUAUCGGCGUAGUCCCCUCCGUAGCCUCCAUCCUCGUCUAUGCUAUCCCUAACGGAGGCCCCUCGGCGAUGAUAUGGGGUUGGGCUGUAUGCACGAUCGGACUAGUGGCAAUCUCUGCCGCGAUCGCCGAGUUAGGGUCAGCCAUGCCGACUUCCGGUGGUCUGUAUUACUGGACGUAUUCAUUUUCGUCGCCGAGAUACAAAACAAUAGCGGCGUGGAUGGUGGGAUAUUCAAAUACCAUAGGCAACCUGGCCGCCGUCGCAUCUGUUGAAUGGGGCUUCUCGUUGCAACUGAUGGCCGCUAUUACAAUCGCUACAGAUGGAGCUUUCGUGCCUACAGAUGGCCAGGUUUACGGGGUGUAUAUUGCUGCCCUACUCGUGCAUGGGAUGAUCUGCAGUGUGGGUGCAGUUAAGUACAUCGCGCGGGUUCAGCCUGUGAUAACGGCUCUCAACAUCCUGCUUGCUCUGGUCGUCAUUAUCGCUCUUCCCGUGGCAACACCAAAAGAACUCAGGAACACCGCGGGAUACUCUUUCGGCGGGUUCGACAAUUUGUCCGGUUGGCCGGAUGGCUUCGCGUUCUUACUCAGCUUCCUCGCACCACUAUGGGCGGUAGGCGCAUUCGACUCCUCGACACAUCUGAGUGAAGAAGCCAAGAACGCCAACGUCGCUGUACCAUGGGCUCUUAUGAACAUGACCAUUGUUGCAUGCGUCUUAGGAUGGGGUGUAGUUGUAGCCAUAGUCUUCAAUAUGGGGACGGAUCUUGAGGCAAUCCUUGCGAGUGAUAUCGGACAGCCAAUGGCCACGAUACUGUUCAACAGCUUCGGAAAGAACGGGACGCUAGCUGUAUGGAUCGUCGUGGUUCUAUUACAGUUCGCGAUGGGUGUAGAUAUGAUUGUCGUUUGUUCUAGGCAGAACUAUGCCUUCUCUCGAGACGGAGCUCUCCCCCUGUCGAGCGUCAUUCGUCGCGUCAAUGCCACGACGGGAACACCGAUAUGCGCUGUCUGGUUUGCGGUAUUCAUCAGCGCCCUACUUGGUCUCCUUUCUUUCGCAGGUCCAGCUGCCAUCGGGGCCAUAUUCUCGUUGGUCGUUGUGGGACAGUUCACCGCAUACUCGAUUCCCAUCUGUGCACGUUUCUUGGGGAAGAACUCGUUCAAACCAGGCCCAUUUACGCUCGGCCGUGCAGGCGCACCCAUUGGACUAGGUGCUGUCGUAUUCAUGGCAUUCACAAGUGCGGUGUUCCUGUUCCCCGCCUCUCCGGAUCCUUCACCUACGACAAUGAACUACACCGUCGCCGUCUGGGGAGGGACGCUCACACUCGCCGCUGCUUACUUCUACAUGCCGAAGUAUGGCGGCCGGAAGUGGUUCACGGGCCCGAUAUCCACCAUUGCAGGAUUCGAAAGAGGCGGAAUUUGUUCAGCGGCUGAUACUGAGAAGAUCAAUGACGAAUGA